AAGCAGAAGUGACGUCACCACGUUUAUAUAAAAGUCGUCGGAGGCGAGGAUUUGUUGUGGUGUAACGUUACUAGAUACGAUCGGAGUUGCAAUACAGACCGAGAUCAGACGGGAAAAAUGCUCAUGAAUUGGAAGAUCGUCGUUCCUUUGCUCGCGGUGGCAUUCAUCGUGACGAGCGCCGAUGGGAUACCGGGGGGCGUCGUGGACGCAGAUAUGAACGACCCCGCUACCAGAGACGCGCUGCAGUUCGCGGUGGCCGAAAACAACAAGAGAACAAACGACAUGUAUGUUUGGCAGGUGGCUAAAGUUGUCAAGGCUCAGGAACAGGUGGUAGCUGGGAUGAAGUACAUCUUCACAGUGCAGAUGGCCAGGACCCUGUGCAGGAAGGGAGGCGUGAAGGACUGCGCUGUGCAUCCGGCCCCAGCUGAGACCUACCAGUGCAUCUUUGAGGUGUGGAGCCGCCCCUGGAUGGGAGCGAGCCAGUUGAUCAAGAAUGUCUGCCAGCCGUAAAGACCUAAAGGAGAGAAGACUUGGUCUAGUCUUCCCUAUAACUAGUGUUAUGUAUUACUAAUGCUGGUCAACCUCUGAAUAUCAUAAACAAGAAUCCAACUAAUAAUUUUCUAACUUUAUGCAUUCCCACACCAAUAAAAUAACUUCUGUUUUGAAAAUGUAGUAUUAAAAUGGUUUGUAAACUCUAUGCAACAGUUGAACUAAAUAAAGAAAUGGUUUGUAAACUCUA